GGCGGCCGGGGCCGCCGUGUUCCUCGACAGCCUGGCGGACUGCUCGGAUGACGACGGCGGGGCGCCCCGCGACUCGCAGCUGGACGGCGUGGCCCUCGACGACGGCGACGCGGCAGGCAGGAUGGCGGACGAGGGCGGCGGCGCGUCCGCGGGCGGCCUGGCCGACCUGCCCCUGCGGCCGGCCGCGGCCGGGGGCCUCCGGGGCGCGUUGAGGGCGCCAGGCGGCACCACGGGGGCGCCAGACGACGUGCACCUGGCGGACACGCUGGUCGACCUGGACGCCGUGGGGCUGGACGCCGAGGGCCCUGGGCAGCCUGCUGCGCGGGAUGCCGGGCCCUCGCCGGCGAGGUCGUCCCCCGGAUCCCCGCCGCCCUCGCAGAGCCGGGCCGAGGCGGCCGCUGCCGCCGCGGCCUCGUCGGCGCCGGCCCAGGAACCCUCGAUGGCGGCGGCUCCCGCCACGACGUCGCAGGCGACGGAGACCGCCGGGCUGUCCGAGACGGCACCCGCGGCUGCGGCGGCGGCCUUCCUCUGCCAGGCAAUGGCCGCGCCCCCGCGGCACGAGACCGAGAGGCUUGGCCAGCCGACAGGCGCGAACUAUGCCUCCGUCAGAGCAGGCGAGGCCCACGCAGCGGUGCCCCAGCUUCUCAAGGCUUACACCUUGAAGGUAUCCCAGAGAAUCUCGUCUCGGAUCUCGCUUACAGACUCGUGCGUGCACAACCAGAGCCGGUGGAACAUGGUGUCGUUCGCGAGCAUGACCAAGCGCAACGCCCUCAUCUGCAUCGGGGGCAGACCAGAUCGUUCGAUCGUCGAGAUCAAGCUGGAAAGGCCCGGAGACGCGGCGAAGGUCAUCAGGUGUAAGCUCUGGCAGAGGGUCGAGGACGUCAACCCUGCCCCAGGGGGGUGGGUGGUCCUGCACGCGCUGAGGCCGGCGAGGCAGAACUAA